AUGAAGUUCUUUAGUGGGAGCAGCAGCACCAAAAAAUCACCAACCAAGAAACAUUCUUCUACAGGUUCGGUCCCGUCGUCCAGCAGCCGACCACACGACCGCCCCGUCCCUGACGAGCAACGUCCAGACCGUCCAGAGCGUCAGGACCGUCCAGAGCGUCAGGACCGUAACAGUCAUCAGAGACCUCCUCGCUCCCAACCCUCCCAGCCCUCGUCGCCCACAAAGCGGGCAUCGACGACAUCUCGGUACUCGUCGGCCUACAGCACAGCAGAGCCUUUCUCUGCACCGGCAGCCCCUGCCCCUUCUCCUCCUUCUUCCUCUUCCCCCACGACUCCGAGCAGCACGUCCAGCAGCAGCAGGCAAUACCCACGCUCGUCAAGGGCCCCACGCUACUCCGCUGCUGACCCCUCCUCUCCCCUGUCGGCUUCCUCCUCCUCGGCCUCGUCGUUAUCGUCGUCGUCGUCGUUCCGUCGGAGAAAGGUCGACCCCCACACUCAUCCUCUCAACCUCCCUCCCGAGGAACGCAAGCGUCUCUCCUCCCUCGCCAUGAGCGGCUCCAACUCGAUGGACAUUGACACCGAGCAGCCCGCCAGCAAUGGCGGCGCCGCUGCCGCCCAUGCCCCGUCGACCGCCGGCUCCCCCAAGAACUCAUCGGCACAGGCCAACUUCUCCGUUCCUAUCCCCAACGGCACCAGUGGCGGUGACGGUGCUCCUGCCCCGCCUCCGCACAAGGCCAACCCCUCGAGUCCCAUCACAACGCCUGAGGAGGAUGCCGAGUCCUACAAGGCUGCCGGUAACCGGCAUUUCAAGGAGAAGAACUACCCCAAGGCCAUUGAGCAGUACUCCAAAGGAAAGGAAUAUGGAGAAGAUUGGGCACAUGAUACUGACUCGGUCCACUCCUCAACAGCUGUGGAUCUGUUCCCCAACUCGCCCGUCUACCUCAGCAACCGUGCUGCUGCAUACAUGUACAGCGGCUCGUACGAGUCGGCCCUGGAGGACUGCAGCCGCGCUGCCGAUCUGGACCCUGACAACGCCAAGAUCCUGCUCCGUCUGGCCCGCAUCUACACGGCCCUCGGCCGCCCCGAGGAGGCAAUGACUACGUUUGGUCGCAUCAGCCCCCCUCCCUCGGCCAAGGACACCGCUCCCGCCAGGGAGAUGCUGGGCCACAUCAAGUCUGCCAAGGAGACGCUGGAACGCGGCACCGCCAUGUCCAUGGUCCUACACGCCCUGGACCAGGCCGAGAAGAACCUGGGGUCGACCGUCGCCAGGCCCCGCAAGUGGCAGCUCCUACGCGGCGAGGCCUACCUCAAGAUGGGCCGCGAGAACGCCCUGGGCGAGGCGCAGAACAUUGCCCUGUCGCUGCUACGCCAGAACAGCCAGGACCCCGAGGCUCUCGUGCUGAGGGGCCGCGUCAUGUAUGGGCAGGGUGACAACGAAAAGGCCAUCCAGCUCUUCCGCAUGGCGCUCAACUGCGACCCGGACUUCCGCGACUGCAUCAAGUGGCUCAAGAUUGUGCAGAAGCUGGACCGUAUGAAGGAGGAAGGUAACACCCACUUCAAGUCCGGUCGGUUCCAGGCCGCCAUCGACAAGUACACCGAGGCCCUCGACGUGGACACGUCCAACAAGAACAUCAACUCCAAGCUGCUUCAGAACCGCGCUCAGUGCAAGCUCAAGCUUAAGCAGUACGACGCCGCCAUCGAGGACUCGGAGAAUGCCGUCCGCCUCGACCCGAGCUACACAAAGGCCCGCAAGACAAAGGCCAACGCCCUCGGCCAGGCCGAGAGGUGGGAGGAGGCCGUCAAGGAGUGGAAGUCGAUCCAGGAGCUGGACCCUGAGGACCGCACCAUUGCCAAGGAGAUCCGCAGGGCCGAGCUCGAGUUCAAGAAGAGCCAGCGCAAGGACUACUACAAGAUCAUGGGCCUCGGCAAGGACGCCAACGCCGACGACAUCAAGAGGGCCUACCGCAAGAUGGCCGUCAAGCUGCACCCCGACAAGAACCCGGGCGACGUGAAUGCCGAGGCCAAGUUCAAGGAUAUGCAGGAGGCGUACGAGACGCUCAGCGACCCUCAGAAGAAGGCCAGCUACGACAACGGCGACGACCUCAUGGACCCGUCCGACAUGUUCGGUAGAGGCGGCGGCAUGGGCGGCGGCAUGGGUGGCAUCGACCCCGAGAUCCUGUUCAGCAUGAUGGGCAACCAGGGCGGCUUCGGUGGCGGCGGCGGCGGCUUCCGCGGAGCUGGCGGCGGCUUCCCCGGUGGCGGUGCUCGCGGAUUCCCCGGAGGAGCCGGCGGCUUCCCCGGCGGAGCGUCGUUUGGCCGAGGCGGUGGAGAGCGCGAGGAAGAUGAGGAUGAGGAGUCUGCGGGGUUCAAUGAUGAUGAGCAGUACGCCAACCACGCUGACGCUGCUGACGAUGCUGCCAGUCAUCAUCACUACGAUGACUACCGUUACGGAGAGAAGAAGGACCACAUCGGAGAGGAUAGCCGUAGGCGCGGUCACUGGCACAUGCGACGGGAGAAGAAAGAGGCACGGGACAGGCUGGUGGCCAAGAUCCGGCAGUACGGCGCGCUGCUCGUGGCCGCCAUUGUUCUCCUACCGCCGCAGCUCCUCGCUGUGUUGGCCGUUGUUGGUGGCAUUGUAUACAUUUUCAGGAACUUGGUAUGGCGGCAUAGAACAGCAGCAUGA